AUGACGAGUAACAUCAGCCUGACUCCCUCCUAUUUUCAGUUCACUGUGUUUGCAGACUAUGGGCCCCUCAGAUAUAUUUCCUUCAGCCUCUCUCUGAUAAUCUACAUGACUAUAAUCUCUGUUAAUCUUGUCAUUGUUCUGUCAAUCUGCCUGGAGAACUCUCUGCAUCAGCCCAUAUAUAUUUUCAUCUGCUCUCUGUGUUUAAACUCUCUAUACGGCUCGACCAGCUUCUUCCCCAGGUUCCUGAUGGACCUUCUGUCCAACACUCAUUUCAUCUCACGUGUGCUCUGUUUUGUUCAGAUGUACGUUACUAACACUUUUGUAGCACAUGAGGUGUCUCUUCUCACAGUCAUGGCCUAUGACAGGUUUGUUGCUAUUUGCCAGCCUUUACACUAUCACAGUAAAAUGACAUUUAGGACGGUGCUGCUGCUUUUGAUUCUGGCUGUGCUGUACCCUGUAUAUACUUUAGGCUACUUUUUCUAUUUGGCCAUCACUUUGCCUUUGCGUGGAAACAAACUGCACAGAGUUUUUUGCAACUGCUGGACUAUAAUUGACCUCUCCUGUGUGGACACAACUGUAAUCCGCAUAGUGAGUCAGUCUGUUAGUAUGACACUUUUUAUGAGCCCGAGUUUUGUCUUGUACACCUACCUGCACAUUCUGCUUGUCUGCAGGAGAAGUUCAUUUGAAUUCAGAGGAAAGGCCUUACAGACCUGCCUGCUCCACAUAGUGACCUUUGUGAACUUUUGUAUCUCAAUAUUUUGUGAGUUUUCACUGACUAUGUCUAAGGUUGAUGAGGUAAAUACUAUUUUUAUUAUUGUGUCUCUGGAGUUUCUAAUCAUUCCUCCCAUCAUUAAUCCUCUAGUUUAUGGCCUGAACCUGCCUCAGAUCAGAGGAGUGAUUUCUGGAUUUCUAAACAUAGGAAAAACCCUGCAUCCUGUGUAA